AUGAUGCUGAAAAGGUUUUUCGCUGAACUUGAGAUCUUGGAGCAGAGAAGAAAUUUCAAUAUUUAUAAAAUCCCAAACCAUGUCAAGAAAGAGCCUUAUAUGAAAAGUGACCAAUGGACUCAGAAUCCUGUCCCUGUCUGUGUGGCUAACUCUAUCCCGUGAGCGAAAAAAAAUUUUUUUAAUAUAAAAAUGUUUUAUGAAAAAAUAUUUUGAUAUAUAAGUGAUAAUUAUAUACUAAAAUCUCUAUUAAUUCUGUUUAAUUUUAAGCAGUUUGCAUUUUAAUACAUAAAUUAAAUUAAUAUUUGCUUUAAAUUAUUUCGUAUAAUGAUUUUUUAAAUUUUUAAAAAAAAUAUAUAUAAAUUUUAUAGUAAAUUUUUAACCUCCUCGGGAGCGAACAGAAGGAGUAAGCAGCCUUAUGUCUUUAAAAACCCUCAGUUAGGAACCAAAAAAUACUACUGGUGUUCCUGUGGACUCAGCAAGAAGCAGCCUUUCUGCGAUUCUACACAUAUGAAAACAGCUUUUAAGCCUGUGCCUUUUGUUAUUCAGGAAAAAGUGUCAGAAGUCUCCCUUUGUUUAUGCAAGCAUACAAGUUCAGCGCCAUUCUGUGAUGGAAAAGCAUGCAAGAGCUAA